UGGCUGGCGGCAAAACGGGGCGCGCGCGCUGCUCCUGAGGAGGGAAAGUGGCGGCGGAGCUUCCGUCGCGGGUUGGUGUGAUGAGCGCGCCCUGACGAGGCUAUGGGGCUGCUCGAGCUCUGCCAGGGGGCCUUCGGCGCCAGCGACCUGUACCAGGUGCUGGGCGUGAGGCGUGAGGCAUCGGCGGACGAGAUCCGGCGCGGCUACCACAAGGUCUCCCUGCGGGUGCACCCGGACCGUGCUGAGCCGGCCGAUAAGGAGAAGGCCACGCAGCAUUUCCAGAUCCUGGGCAAGGUAUAUGCAGUGUUAAGCGAUAAGGAGCUCCGAACUCUGUAUGACCAGCAGGGGAUUGUGGAUGAAGAUUCAACUGUGUUGACCCAGGACCGCAACUGGGAAGAAUACUGGAGAUUGCUCUUCAAAAAAAUUACUGUAAAAGACAUUGCUGAUUUUGAAAAGAAGUACAAAAAUUCUGCAGAAGAGUUGGUGGACAUUAAAUCAUCAUAUGAGGACUUUAAAGGCAAUAUGGACAAAAUUAUGGACUCUGUGUUGUGUGUUGAUUAUACGGAUGAACCAAGAAUCAGGAAGAUUAUCCAACAUGCCAUUGACUCUGGAGAACUUCCUUCUUAUAAAGCCUUUAUAAAAGAGUCUAAGCAAAAGGCAAAUGCAAGAAAAAGGAGGGCUGAAAAAGAGGCUAAAGAGGCAGAACAAUCCAGAGAAGAACUAGGUCUUGGUGAAGGAGAAGAUGACUUGAAAGCACUGAUUCAAAGCAGAAAUGAAAAUCGAAAAAAAGAAAUGGAUAAUUUUCUGGCCCAAAUGGAAGCAAAGUAUGGAAACAAAACCAAAAGAGGAGGAAAGAAACCCUCAUCCAAGAAAUGAAAUAACUGUCUUUUUAUAAAUGAUACCUACUACUUUUCUUCUAUUAACAUUAAUUUAAUUUGGGGCAACUGAAAAACAACAUGGUUUCAUCAGCGCCCUGCAACUGCUAUAGAGUAGAAGACAAAGAUAGAAAAAAAUGAAAUGCAUAAAUAAAGCUGCUAUGAAACUCUGAUGUUUAGCAGAACUGUGGCUUUCUAGCAAGAUGGCUGCGAAUAAGCUUGGUCAGAUCAAAAAGCUGCUUAUUUUUAUAGAAAAUGCUUGUUGCAGGAAUAUAUUGUUUGUUGUUGUUUACUUGAAAAGUCAUGCCCAAUAAAUCACGACCCCAUGGACUACA